AUGAAGGAGUCUUAUCACUCUCCUUCGAGAUAUUUCAAAUGGACCGAGAGACUCCGUCCGGGGAAGAAGAGGGAGAAAAGUUCCCCCCCUUCAGAACCAUCCAAGAUAUCACGGAAUACAAUACCCAAUAAUCUGGAGUCCUCCACUUCACUAGAAGAGGGCGCCUCGACUAGAUGCACCUGUUGUGGAACGCUCCUUCGCUACCCCAAGGACCAGGUGAGAAUCAAAUGCUUGAACUGUAACACCUAUUUCACCCUGAAUUUAGAUGUGCCCCCAUUCCCUACUGUUGCGAAAUCGGCAAUAUUUGAUGACCCAAUACCGUUGGCAGGGUACAACACCCUCAAAUUGGCAAUACAAAAGGACAGGGAUCUCUUAAAACAGAGCUUGUCUUCUAAUGUCUCACCCUCUGUGUCUUCUAAUUCCCCGAUUUCCUCGUCAAAUUCCUCACAUAGAGCCUCUACUCAUAUAUUAUACCCUAAUGUUGAAAAACUGGUUGAAAAAUCCUUUGGUUCCUUAGAGAACUUGAACUCUUGCUUCCAGCUAGAUACAAAUAGACAAGUACAUCCACCUUCUCCAAAUCUCAACAUAAGAGAUAUUAGAAAGUUUUAUACCCUACUACUCGAAUUACCAUCAAAGAGACCCAUCUUUAAGCUUUUGACUUGUUCUUUGUACCUCCUGAAACAUCCACCUCUCAAUCUUGAAUUCCAUCAGUUGAAUUGGAUCCUGAUUCUUCUGGAGAACCCAUUAUUAUAUGAAUCAAUAACAUCAAAUAACCGCUUAUCUCCACAUUUUAAUGAAAUCUCCUUUGAAAUCACUAGACGUUUGAUUGGUAUAUUGUCAAAUGUGGAUGAAUCUUGCUACUUUUGUUUGAUCCAUUGGUGGUCUAAACUCUCACAAUCAGAUCGUAGGCGUAAAAUAGAAUAUGUCAAUUUAUAUCUAAAUUUCCACAUUACAAGGUUAUAUACCCAUUGUUUGAAUGAAAAAUUAGGCAAGAGUAAAAUCACUUUUAAAAAUACUGAAAACAAUUACAACUAUAAAAAACCUUUUGAUGCAAAUGUCAAAUUGCAAAUUGGGUUCUACAGUGAAUGUUGGCACUUGAAAACCGCAUGUAGAGUGAUGUCUUUUCUAUUUACCGCAAAUAAAAGAGCCACUCAUCAAUUGCCUGAUUCUACUUUCUAUAAUACGUUGGUAGACUUUGUUAACCUUUACCAAGAUUAUGAUAUCUGGCAAUUCAACAACUCCUACGAUAAACAUGAACAACAUUAUGAUCAUUGUCAUAACCCCAAUUCUAAUUUUCGCCCAAUGAUCUCGGAUAUACUGCUUAUGGAUUACAAUAAAAGUUACUUGGGCAUCUCAAUUCAGGACGGUGUCUAUAAACGUUCACAAUUCACCUUUUGUUCAUACCCAUUUUUAAUUUCUUUAGGUUCCAAGAUCUCCAUAUUAGAACAUGAGAGUAAACGUGUCAUGGGUCUAAAGGCGGAAGAGGCCUUUAUUUCUUCAAUAAUUGAGGGGAAAAACAGUGAUAUUUACUUUAAAUUAUCAAUAAGAAGAAACGAUAUUAUUCAUGACUCAUUGAUGCAAAUUAGGUCACACCCUACAGAAGUUAGAAAGUUGUUAAAAGUGGAAUUUGUUAAUGAACCAGGAAUUGACGCUGGUGGGUUGAAGAAAGAAUGGUUUUCACUUCUCACCAAAGAGUUAUUUGAUCCACUAAAUGGAUUAAUCAGCUAUUCAAAUGAAAAUUCGGUCGCCUACCUUACGACCCACCAUAAUCCAAGAAAAAUAGCUUAUGAAAGCUACCAUCUCUUGGGGAUUGUUUUAGGUAUGGCAAUUUAUAAUUCUAUCAUUCUGGAUAUUCAUUUUCCGCCAGUCAUUUAUAAAAAAUUGCUUGGCUUUGAAAGCUCUUUUGAUGAUUUGAAAGAGAUUGAACCUUUACUAUGGAAAAAUUUGAAAUCUUUAAUCAAUUUGAAAGAUGCGGGAACUUUGGGAUUAAGUUUUGAGGUGACAGUUGAAGAUGUUACUGGCCAACUAAGAAAUUAUGAGUUGAUAAAAGGCGGCUCAAAUAUCAAGGUCACCAACGACAAUAGGCUUGAAUAUAUUUUAAAAUAUUCAAAAUUUCUUUUGGAUGGUAUAAUAGAUAAACAAUUUGGACAAUUUAAACGAGGCUUUGAUCAUGUCAUGGGCACUCCUUCAUUUACUUUGUUUACCCCCAACGAGAUUCAGAAAUUGGUGGCUGGAGAUGAAACUUUUGAAAAUGACAAAUACGACGUGGAUAUAUUGGAGAGCAUCUGUAAAUUGAAGAACUGCAAGAAAUCUGACAAUGUGGUGGUUUGGUUUUGGGAAUACUUUAGAGACUUAUCAGUGAAGAAACAGAGGAAACUAAUGAGGUUUGUGGCAGGUACUGAUCGAAUCCCUGCUACCGGUCUCCAAAGUAUGCAGCUUAAGAUAUCAAAAUUGUAUGACACUGGGAGAUUCAGCAAUAGGUUGCCUGUAUCGCACACAUGCUUCAAUGAGUUGUGUCUCUGGAAUUAUGAAUCCAAAGAAGUAUUAAGGGAUAAACUAGAUAUGGCAAUAUCCGAGAGUGUGGGGUUUACAUUAAAAUAG